CGCCUCCCGCUCGCGUCGCGUCGAAGCCGCCAUGUUGUUCUCUCGCUGAAGCUCGCGUCUCUCGGCGUCGGGGGAGGAGGAGAGUCAACCAAUAUGUCAGCGUUUCAGUACAGGGGAGCACCGGGGCCAAAUCCGGUUACGGCCCCCGUGCCUGAUUACAUGUCUGAGGAAAAGCUUCAAGAGAAAGCCAGAAAAUGGCAACAACUUCAGGCCAAACGAUACGCGGAGAAGAGGAAGUUUGGGUUUGUCGAUGCUCAGAAAGAAGACAUGCCCCCCGAGCACGUCCGAAAGAUCAUACGUGACCAUGGGGACAUGACAAACCGGAAAUUCAGACAUGACAAGAGAGUGUAUCUUGGGGCAUUGAAGUACAUGCCUCAUGCUGUUCUGAAACUCCUGGAGAACAUGCCGAUGCCCUGGGAGCAGAUCAGAGAUGUUUCAGUUCUGUAUCACAUCACUGGAGCAAUCUCAUUUGUCAAUGAAAUUCCAUGGGUUAUUGAGCCAGUUUACAUUGCUCAGUGGGGGACAAUGUGGAUUAUGAUGAGACGCGAAAAACGAGACAGAAGGCACUUCAAAAGGAUGAGAUUUCCUCCGUUCGAUGAUGAAGAACCUCCGCUGGAUUAUGCGGACAAUAUACUCGAUGUGGAACCACUUGAAGCGAUCCAGAUGGAGCUUGAUUCGGAGGAGGAUGGACCAGUGGCUGAAUGGUUUUAUGACCACCAACCAUUGAAGGAUAACCCAAAGCACGUCAAUGGCUCCACGUACCGUCGUUGGCAAUUUACCCUACCUAUGAUGUCCACCCUUUACCGUCUGGCAAAUCAGCUGUUGACUGACUUGGUGGAUGACAAUUACUUCUAUCUCUUUGACCUCAAAGCCUUCUUUACCUCCAAGGCUCUCAACAUGGCGAUUCCUGGUGGACCAAAGUUUGAGCCGUUGGUUCGGGAUGUGAACCUUCAGGAUGAAGAUUGGAAUGAGUUCAAUGACAUCAAUAAGAUUAUCAUUAGACAACCAAUCAGAACAGAGUACAAAAUAGCAUUUCCGUACCUCUACAACAACCUGCCGCAUCAUGUCCAUCUUACCUGGUACCACACUCCCAACGUUGUGUUCAUAAAAACCGAGGAUCCUGAUCUGCCGGCCUUCUAUUUUGACCCUUUAAUUAACCCCAUCUCGCACAGACAUUCUGUGAAGAGCCAAGAACCGUUACCCGAUGACGAUGAAGAGUUUGAACUGCCUGAGCUUCUUGAACCAUUCCUUAAAGAUUCUCCACUGUAUUCUGAUCAUACCGCCAAUGGUAUUGCCUUACUGUGGGCCCCAAGACCGUUUAACCUAAGAUCUGGCAAAACCAGGAGAGCCCUGGACAUCCCGUUAGUUAAGAACUGGUACCGGGAGCAUUGCCCAGCGGGACAGCCAGUCAAAGUUAGGGUUUCGUAUCAGAAACUCCUGAAAUAUUAUGUGUUGAAUGCACUGAAACACAGACCACCCAAAGCACAAAAGAAAAGGUACUUGUUUCGUUCCUUCAAAUCAACAAAGUUCUUCCAGUCAACCAAAUUAGACUGGGUGGAGGUAGGGCUGCAGGUGUGUCGCCAAGGUUACAACAUGCUGAACCUGUUGAUCCAUCGUAAGAACCUGAAUUAUCUGCAUCUGGACUACAACUUCAACCUGAAGCCUGUGAAAACCCUCACCACCAAGGAACGUAAGAAAUCUAGGUUUGGAAAUGCCUUCCAUUUGUGCCGUGAGGUGCUUCGCUUGACAAAGCUUGUAGUUGACAGCCACGUCCAGUACAGGUUGGGGAAUGUGGACGCUUUCCAGUUGUCCGAUGGGUUGCAGUACAUCUUUGCUCACGUUGGGCAGUUGACUGGAAUGUACAGAUAUAAGUACAAGCUGAUGAGACAAAUACGAAUGUGUAAGGAUAUGAAGCAUCUUAUCUACUACAGAUUCAACACGGGACCAGUAGGCAAAGGACCUGGCUGUGGAUUCUGGGCUGCUGGAUGGCGAGUGUGGCUUUUCUUCAUGAGGGGCAUCACUCCCUUGUUGGAAAGAUGGUUAGGAAACCUGCUUGCCAGACAGUUUGAAGGGCGUCACUCUAAGGGAGUAGCCAAGACUGUAACCAAACAGCGAGUGGAGUCUCAUUUUGAUCUGGAGUUACGAGCUGCUGUUAUGCACGAUAUCCUGGACAUGAUGCCUGAAGGAAUCAAACAGAACAAAGCUAGGACAAUCUUGCAGCAUUUGAGUGAAGCUUGGAGAUGCUGGAAAGCAAAUAUUCCUUGGAAGGUUCCUGGUCUGCCAACUCCAAUUGAGAACAUGAUUCUCCGAUAUGUGAAAGCCAAGGCUGACUGGUGGACAAAUACUGCUCAUUACAACAGAGAGCGAAUUCGCCGGGGCGCCACUGUGGAUAAAACUGUCUGUAAGAAGAACUUGGGACGUUUAACCAGGUUGUACCUGAAGGCAGAGCAGGAAAGACAGCACAAUUACCUGAAGGAUGGUCCCUACAUUACUGCAGAGGAAGCUGUUGCCAUCUACACGACCACUGUGCACUGGCUGGAGAGUAGGCGCUUCUCUCCAAUUCCAUUCCCUCCCCUGUCCUACAAGCACGACACCAAACUUCUCAUUCUGGCUCUGGAGAGACUCAAAGAAGCUUACAGUGUGAAAUCGCGGUUAAAUCAGUCACAGCGAGAGGAAUUGGGUCUAAUUGAGCAGGCUUAUGAUAAUCCUCACGAAGCUUUAUCCAGGAUCAAGCGUCACUUGCUCACACAGAGAGCUUUCAAAGAGGUUGGUAUUGAGUUCAUGGAUCUGUACAGUCACCUCGUGCCAGUUUAUGACGUUGAACCAUUGGAAAAAAUCACUGAUGCUUACCUCGAUCAGUAUUUGUGGUAUGAAGCUGACAAGCGACGGCUAUUCCCACCAUGGAUUAAACCGGCUGAUACAGAGCCUCCCCCCUCACUUGUAUACAAGUGGUGCCAGGGCAUUAACAAUCUUCAGGAUGUGUGGGAGACCAUUGAAGGCGAGUGCAAUGUUAUGCUGGAAUCUCGGUUUGAGAAGAUGUAUGAGAAAAUCGAUCUGACAUUGCUGAACAGAUUGUUGCGUUUGAUCGUGGAUCACAACAUCGCUGAUUACAUGACGGCCAAGAACAAUGUUGUCAUCAAUUACAAGGACAUGAACCACACCAAUUCCUACGGCAUAAUCCGAGGCCUGCAGUUUGCCUCUUUCAUUGUGCAGUACUAUGGGCUGGUGCUAGACCUGCUGGUGUUGGGUCUUCACAGAGCCAGUGAGAUGGCUGGCCCACCUCAAAUGCCCAAUGACUUCUUGAGUUACCAGGACAUUGGCACGGAAGUUGCUCAUCCCGUCAGACUUUACUGCAGAUACAUUGAGCGGAUUCAUAUUUUCUUCAGAUUUUCAGCUGAUGAAGCCAGAGACCUGAUUCAGCGCUACCUGACAGAACAUCCCGAUCCAAACAAUGAGAACAUUGUAGGUUACAACAACAAGAAGUGCUGGCCGCGAGAUGCUCGUAUGCGGCUUAUGAAGCAUGAUGUAAAUCUUGGCCGUGCAGUGUUUUGGGACAUUAAGAACCGUCUGCCGAGAUCUGUGACCACAAUUCAGUGGGAGAACAGUUUUGUAUCUGUAUACAGCAAGGACAACCCAAACCUAUUGUUCAACAUGUCUGGCUUCGAGUGCCGCAUCCUACCCAAAUGUCGCACGAGCUACGAGGAAUAUACUCACAAGGACGGAGUCUGGAACUUACAAAACGAGGUGACUAAAGAGCGUACAGCUCAGUGCUUCCUUCGAGUGGAUGAUGAAUCCAUGCAACGUUUCCACAACCGCGUGCGUCAGAUUCUCAUGGCUUCUGGCUCCACCACUUUUACUAAGAUUGUGAAUAAGUGGAACACUGCUCUGAUUGGGCUGAUGACUUAUUUCCGCGAGGCAGUGGUUAACACCCAGGAGUUACUGGACCUGUUGGUGAAGUGCGAAAACAAGAUCCAGACUCGUAUCAAGAUUGGUUUGAAUUCCAAGAUGCCAAGUCGUUUCCCUCCUGUUGUGUUUUACACACCCAAGGAGCUGGGUGGUUUGGGCAUGUUGUCCAUGGGACAUGUUCUCAUUCCGCAGUCUGAUCUGAGGUGGUCUAAACAAACGGAUGUGGGCAUCACUCACUUCCGAUCGGGUAUGAGUCACGAAGAAGACCAGCUGAUUCCCAAUCUGUAUCGCUACAUUCAGCCCUGGGAGAGCGAGUUCAUCGAUUCACAGCGAGUGUGGGCAGAGUACGCACUGAAGCGGCAGGAAGCUAUAGCACAAAACAGGCGUUUAACUUUGGAAGAUCUGGAAGACUCCUGGGAUAGAGGUAUCCCACGUAUUAACACGCUGUUCCAGAAAGACAGGCACACAUUGGCCUACGACAAAGGUUGGAGAGUGAGAACUGAUUUUAAACAGUAUCAGGUGUUGAAACAGAACCCGUUCUGGUGGACCCAUCAGCGGCAUGACGGCAAGCUGUGGAACUUAAACAACUACCGUACAGACAUGAUCCAAGCACUCGGUGGUGUUGAAGGCAUUCUGGAGCACACACUUUUCAAGGGAACCUAUUUCCCCACCUGGGAGGGUCUGUUCUGGGAAAAGGCCAGUGGAUUCGAGGAGUCCAUGAAGUGGAAGAAGUUGACCAACGCUCAGCGGUCUGGCUUGAACCAAAUUCCCAACAGAAGGUUCACCCUUUGGUGGUCACCAACUAUCAACAGAGCUAACGUAUAUGUAGGCUUCCAGGUGCAGUUAGAUUUGACUGGAAUUUUCAUGCACGGCAAGAUCCCCACACUCAAGAUUUCUCUGAUCCAGAUCUUCAGGGCCCAUUUGUGGCAGAAAAUUCACGAGAGCAUCGUCAUGGACCUGUGUCAGGUUUUUGACCAAGAGUUGGACGCUCUGGAGAUUGAAACAGUGCAGAAGGAGACCAUUCACCCCAGGAAGUCCUACAAAAUGAACUCCUCCUGUGCUGACAUUCUGCUGUUUGCUUCGUACAAGUGGAAUGUUUCCAGGCCCUCGCUGCUUGCCGAUUCAAAAGAUGUGAUGGACAGCACCACGACCCAGAAAUACUGGAUCGAUAUUCAGUUGCGAUGGGGUGACUAUGACUCUCACGACAUUGAGAGAUAUGCCAGGGCCAAGUUCCUGGAUUACACAACUGACAACAUGAGUAUCUACCCCUCACCUACUGGUGUGCUGAUCGCUAUUGAUCUAGCCUAUAAUUUGCACAGUGCUUACGGUAAUUGGUUCCCUGGUGCCAAGCCAUUGAUCCAGCAAGCCAUGGCCAAGAUUAUGAAGGCUAAUCCUGCCCUGUAUGUGCUGAGAGAACGCAUUCGAAAGGGUCUGCAGUUGUAUUCUUCCGAGCCAACUGAGCCUUACCUCUCCUCACAGAAUUACGGUGAACUCUUCUCCAACCAAAUCAUCUGGUUUGUGGAUGACACCAACGUGUACCGAGUAACCAUUCAUAAGACGUUUGAGGGUAACUUGACUACAAAGCCCAUCAAUGGAGCCAUUUUCAUCUUCAACCCCAGGACAGGACAGCUGUUCCUUAAGAUUAUUCACACCUCUGUGUGGGCUGGACAGAAGCGUCUGGGUCAGCUGGCCAAGUGGAAGACUGCAGAAGAAGUGGCUGCCUUGAUCCGCUCGCUACCUGUUGAGGAGCAGCCCAAGCAGAUCAUUGUUACAAGGAAGGGCAUGUUAGAUCCUCUGGAAGUCCAUUUGCUGGAUUUCCCCAACAUUGUGAUCAAAGGCUCGGAGCUGCAACUGCCUUUCCAGGCUUGCCUGAAAGUGGAAAAGUUUGGCGAUCUGAUUUUGAAGGCGACUGAGCCGCAGAUGGUGCUGUUUAACUUGUACGACGACUGGCUGAAGACCAUUUCUUCCUACACUGCGUUCUCUCGUCUGAUUUUAAUCCUGAGAGCGUUGCACGUGAACAAUGAUCGAGCAAAGGUCAUCCUGAAGCCGGACAAGACCACCAUUACAGAGCCCCAUCACAUCUGGCCCACCCUGACCGACGAGGAGUGGAUAAAGGUGGAGGUGCAGCUGAAGGACCUCAUUCUGGCCGAUUACGGCAAGAAAAACAAUGUAAAUGUGGCCUCGCUGACGCAGUCUGAGAUUCGUGACAUUAUUUUGGGGAUGGAGAUUUCAGCUCCUUCACAGCAGAGGCAGCAGAUCGCUGAGAUUGAGAAACAGACCAAAGAACAGUCACAGCUCACGGCCACUCAAACUCGCACAGUCAACAAACACGGGGAUGAGAUCAUCACCUCAACCACCAGCAACUACGAGACACAAACCUUCUCAUCCAAAACAGAAUGGAGAGUCAGAGCAAUAUCUGCUGCCAACCUCCAUCUACGUACCAAUCACAUCUACGUCUCCUCCGAUGAUAUCAAAGAGACUGGCUAUACCUAUAUAUUGCCCAAGAACGUGCUGAAGAAAUUCAUCUGCAUUUCAGACUUGAGAGCGCAGAUCGCUGGCUAUCUGUAUGGCGUGAGCCCUCCCGACAACCCUCAGGUGAAGGAGAUCCGGUGUAUCGUGAUGGUACCACAAUGGGGAACCCAUCAGACAGUGCAUCUACCCAACCAGCUUCCACAGCACGAGUAUCUAAAGGAAAUGGAGCCUCUCGGUUGGAUUCACACCCAACCCAAUGAGUCCCCUCAGUUGUCACCACAAGAUGUCUCCACCCAUGCCAAGGUCAUGGCUGACAACCCGUCUUGGGAUGGAGAGAAGACCAUAAUCAUCACGUGCAGCUUUACUCCAGGGUCUUGCACACUUACGGCAUAUAAACUGACACCCAGUGGGUAUGAGUGGGGUCGGCAGAAUACUGACAAAGGGAACAACCCCAAGGGGUACCUGCCUUCUCACUAUGAAAGAGUUCAGAUGCUGUUGUCGGACAGGUUCCUUGGUUUCUUCAUGGUACCUGGGCAGAGCUCCUGGAACUACAACUUCAUGGGCGUUCGUCACGAUCCCAACAUGAAAUACGAACUGCAGCUGGCCAAUCCGAAAGAGUUCUACCACGAAGUUCACAGACCAUCCCACUUCCUGAACUUUGCUUCAUUGCAAGAGGGCGAGAUCUAUAACGCAGACCGAGAGGACAUGUACGCUUAGAAAAGGAGAGAGAUUUUUUUAAUGGGACUCCCGUACUGUUGAUAUUCAACAAAAUAUACAUUCAGUUUCUGUUCACGGUAUCUGCAGUGUUUUUUUUGUUGUUAUUGUGUUACACCAGAUCUUGCGAUGUGCAAUGUACAUUUUUGUGGAAACUGUUUUACCUGCCUUCAUGGCACAGGCACAAGAAGUGAGAACGAAAACUAUUUUAAAACAGUUGGUGACUGCCUUCGGUGAAAGAUCUGUAAUAAAACUGCUUGUAUGGUGCAGUAAAUGUGUGCGCGCACUGUAGAAAUUCAGGAGAUUAAAGGUUCAAUAAAUUUUUAAUUAAAGAAAAA